AUGUCUCGUGUCAAAAGAAUUGCUAAAGAGUUAGAAGAAUGUCGUCAAGAUACCCAGUCUGGUGUUUCUUUGAAUUUAAAUAAUGAAAAUGAUUUGACUCAUUUGACAGGAUAUUUUAAAGGUCCACCAGGCACACCGUAUGAAGGUGGAUUAUUUCAAGUUGCUAUUGAUAUCCCACAAGAAUAUCCAUUUAAACCCCCACAAAUGAAAUUUAUUACCAAGAUUUAUCAUCCUAAUAUUUCAUCGGUUACAGGGGCUAUAUGUUUAGAUAUUUUAAAAGAUGCUUGGACACCAAUUUUGACCUUGAAAUCAAGUUUGAUUUCAUUACAAAGUUUAUUACAGUCACCUGAGCCAAGUGAUCCACAAGAUGCUGAAGUUGCUAAACAUUAUUUAAGCAAUAAAUCAGGGUUUGAAGAAACAGCUGCGUAUUGGACGAAAAUCUAUGCCAGUGAUGGUGCUGAUGGUGGUAGUAAUAAUGGUGGGGCCAAAUUGAGUGAUUCAGCCUUAUAUGGAAUUGAUGAUGAAAUUGUUAGCCAAUAUGAAAGUAUGGGGUUCCCUAGAGAUAAGACCAUUGAAGUGUUAAGAAGAAUGGGGAUCAAAAGUUUCAAAGGAGUAGGGAAUAAAAGCGAAUUGGAAAAUAAAAUCUUGGAAGAAUUAUUACGAGAAUGUCAAUGA